GAUAAAGGAGCAAAAAAAACCAUUCUGGUGGCUUCUGUCCCAGAAUUACAAGACUUAAAAAAUUAUUUAAAAUCCCAAGGAUUAAAAUCCAUUAGUGCAGCGGAUUUAGAAGAAGAAAACGGAAAAGACAACUGCGUCGGGGAGAACAAAUUAAAUAACCUAAAAAUAUUAAAUAUAGAUAGAGUAUUAGCUCAGUUGGGAGAGCAUCUGCCUUACAAGCAGAGGGUCGCUGGUUCGAGCCCGGCAUACUCUACCAUAAAAUAUAAUGUGAAAGACAAUUGCUAG